AUGGCGGAAUCAGCCUGUGUUCGUUGCUUGGUCUCUCCAAAUCUCUUGAAUACUAAGAACAAAGUUUCCGGCGAUACUCCACGCCUUCAUCUGCUUCCCAUUUCUUCUAUCUCCAGGAAACAAGAAGCUUCUUCGGGAGCAAUAAAUGGAGGAGGGAGCUCAAGAACAGGGAAGAAGCGUCUGAUAACUUUGUCUCCUUCUGAAGGAAAAUGGAAUGGUAACUGGAACACUAACUACAAUGUCUCUCUGCGUGAUCUUCACCUUGAAGAUCUUGUUGAAAGUGGCCCUGCCAAUGCCCGUGUCACCGUCGAUCUCUCUGUCCAAAGACACGCAAGCAUGGGACUCUCAGUAGAUGGAAGAAUCGUAACGUCUUUUGCAAGAAAGUGCAGCAUCUGCUCCUCUGCUUAUCCUCGACUGAUCGAUGCAAAUUUCACGGUAUGGAUUUUGCCAUCAAGUCGAGACAAUCGAGCUUCACAGCUGCCAGAAAUUGGCGGUGAUGAUCCUGCUGUAAUAUAUGUGAGACCUGGAUAUGAAGCUAACCUUGACUCCCUUGUACAAGACACUAUCCGGCUCACAACUUAUGCUAAAGAUAUAUGCUCGGAUUCCUGCGAAAAAUCGGAACCUAUACUGCAUUUUGUUGGUGAGACAAAUACAGCUUCUGUUCAUAAGAGAUGGUCACGACUGCUUGAGCUUAAGAAGAAGUAG